AUGCUAAUCGGAAUGCCAUGGUUCUGUGAUAGUUGUGGUCGACAAAAUGGUGUCACACGGUAUCAAUGCCAACAUUGUCGAGGAAACAAUACGUAUGAUUUAUGCGAUCAGUGUAUAGUGAAUGCGCCUAUAAUACAUCCAUAUCAUGCAUUUAAAUUGGUGCAAGGUGGAGGAAAUGGUAUUCCAUCGACUAAUGUUGCAGUAACUUAUCCAAAUAUGAAUUGGUCGAGCGUACCCUACUAUCAGUCCGCGCAUCCAGCUGUAGGCUAA